UCGCCGCUGGUCUGCUCUUUUCCCCUCCCACCGCGAUGUGCCAUUGGCUAACACCGGUUUGUCAUAAUACACGAGGUGCGAGGUGUUAGAAAAGUCCGCUACUUCUGUUUACACUGUAAAAAGUGAGUAGAAGAUGCAGUUCUCCGGUGUGUCAGUGCAAGAUUCGUUCCAACCGGUGAGAGUGACUGUCCCGUGAUCCAUGAUAAUUACGUAGGAAGCUGUUACUGGCAGCACCUUGUGAAGGCUUGCAAGAAGAGGGUGAAAACGGGAGAAUUUCUCCCGGUUCAGCGUAUCCACUUGAAAGUGAAGCAGCAGCUACAGUAUGGUUGCGCUGACGAAGGGACGCUACCUCUCAUUGGGCUUCGUGUUUCUUGUUUAUUGCACAACUUGCACGAAAUCUAAAGGAGCCACAGGUGACAUCCUGCCAGACUCCCUACCAUCAGUCCCAGGUACCCUGCCUCACUUCCUGAAGGAACCAGAAGAUUCCUACAUAAUCAAAAGCAACCCAAUCAAGCUGCUGUGUCGGGCUGUGCCUGCUUUGCAGAUCUUCUUCAAGUGCAAUGGAGAAUGGGUGCACCAGAAUGAACAUGUGUCCCGGGAGUACAUGGAUCAGAACACUGGUCUGAAGGUGCGUGAGGUGCUGAUCAACGUGUCCCGUCAGCAGGUGGAGGACUUCCACGGCCCAGAGGACUACUGGUGUCUGUGUGUGGCCUGGAGCCACCUGGGCACCUCCAAGAGCCGCAAGGCCACGGUACACAUCGCAUACCUGAGGAAGAACUUUGAGCAGGACCCCCAGGGGAAAGAAGUGCCAAUCAAAGGGAUGAUCGUGCUGCAUUGCCGCCCCCCAGAGGGAGUGCCCACGGCAGAGGUGGAGUGGUUGAAGAACGAAGAGCUAGUGAGCUCCCUGACGGAUGACAACAUUGACACCCGAGCUGACCACAAUCUCAUCAUUAACGAGGCACGACUGUCCGACUCGGGAAACUACACGUGCCUGGCCAGCAACAUUGUGGCCAAGAGACGCAGUGCCACAGCCACGGUGGUUGUUUUUGUGAACGGUGGUUGGUCGCUGUGGACAGAGUGGUCUCCUUGUAACGUGCCCUGUGGUCGGGGUGUCCAGAAACGCUCCCGUACCUGUACCAACCCUGCCCCACUCAACGGAGGAGCUUUCUGCCAGGGCAUGUCUGUGCAGAAGAUCACCUGUAAUGCACUCUGUCCAAUUGACGGUGGCUGGGAGAAGUGGAGUGAGUGGACGGUGUGCGGUGUGCAGUGUGAAAGACAGCGUAGAAGGGAGUGCAAUAACCCACCACCCAGGCACAGGGGCAUUAUGUGUGAGGGGCCCAGCAAUGCCACCGAGAACUGCACUGGAGGAAUGUGUACCCAGAAUGGAAAGCUGCUGCAUGAUGUUAAACCUCAAAGUAUGGACGGCUCCAACGACGUGGCUCUCUACUCUGGGCUGGGGUCGGGAGUCAUAGUUGUGGCUGUCCUUGUGGUGGCCGUCAUGCUGUACAGGAGGAGCCAGAGCAACUACGGCGUUGACGUCAUCGACUCAUCCGCGCUCACCGGGGGCUUCCAGUCUUUCACCUUCAAGACCACCAGACAAGGUGACCUAGCGCUGCCUUUCACUUCAUGGAGACAUGCCCAGUUGCGCACAAGGCCAAACGGGAGCCCACUGCUUCUCAACUCCUCUCUGCAGCCAGACCUGACAGUGGGCCGGACUUAUAGCAGCCCCAUCUGCUUCAAGGACUCCAUAGACAAUAAAGAGCUCUUUGACCCCCUGCCAGACAACAAGGUCAAAGUUCAGAGCUCCUUUAUGGUUUCACUAGGUGUGGCCGACCGCGCUGAGUACCACGCUCCCAAAGGCCAUCCGCCCGAGACCUUCCCCAGGGGGCUGAACCGAGACUACAGCAACACCACUGUGGAGAGACGGAGCACCAAGAAGGGCCUGCUCACUCCCAACGGGCCCCCCCUCACCCCCACUAAAGAUCAGAUGAGAACCACGGGCGUGUUUGGGCAUCUGGGCGGCCGGUUGGUGGUGCCAAAUACUGGAGUCAGCCUGCUGGUUCCCCAUGGUGCGAUCACUGAGGACACUUCCUGGGAGAUGUACAUGGUGAUAAAUCAGGGAGAGUCCAGUUUCCAGACAGGGGAAGGCUGUGAGAUCCUACUAGGACCAGAGGUCACCUAUGGUCCUCGAGGCCUAGACCUCUCCAGUCCUGUUGCUAUGACGAUAGCUCACUGUGCAGAGGUUGACACUGAGAACUGGAACAUCCAACUGAAGAGGAAAACACAGGACAACAGUUGGGAGGAAGUGAUGUCAGUAGAGGAUGAGUCAACAUUCUGUUACUGCCUGAUGGACUCCAGUAGCUGCCACCUGCUGCUGGACCAGCCUGGCUCCUACGCCCUGGUUGGUGAACCACUCACUCAGGCAGCCGUGAAGAGGCUGAAGCUAGCAGUGUUUGGCAGCAUGGGGGCCACACCCAUGGACUACAGCCUCCGAGUGUACUGUGUGGACGACACGCCAUACGCCUUUCAGGGAGUGGUGGCCACAGAGACCAGUAGAGGAGGACAGCUCCUGGAGGAACCUAAGAUGCUGCCUUUCAGAGGGAACACCUUCAGCCUCCAGGUCUACAUCCAAGAUGUCCCACAAUUUCUAUGGAGCAUCAAACCCUUUACUACGUGUCAGGAAUUCUCCUUUUCCCAAGUGUGGUGCAGCAAUCAGAAGCCGCUGCACUGUGCCUUCUCCCUGGAGAGGAACAGCCCCACCACCACCCAGCUCUCCUGCAAGAUCAGCGUGCGCCAGGUCAAAGGUCAUGAGCAGAUUCUGCAGGUCUAUACGUCCGUGGCGGAGAGCAAGAAGGAGUCAGUCCCAUUUUUUAUGCAGACGGACUGCACCGUCACCUCACAGACGGGGCCCAAGGCCUUCAAAAUCCCCCUCUCCAUCCGCCAGAGGAUAUGUGCCACCUUUGACACUGCCAAUGCCAAGGGCAAGGACUGGCAGCUCUUAGCCCAGAAACUCCAUCUAGAUAGAAACCUGUCGUAUUUUCUUAAGCAACAGAGCCCCUCUGCCGUCAUACUGAGCCUGUGGGAGGCACGACACCAAGACACUGGUGACCUGGACUCUCUGGCGAGCGCUCUGGAGGAAAUUGGCAAGAUCCACUCCAAAAGCACUGCAGCAAAGAGACAGGAGGACCCUGAAUCAGACUUAGUGCAUCAUUUAGGAACAGGUAGCCCAGGCAACCCAGUGUGUGGAAUGGGUGAACUCACCAAUCAUGAGACUGCUAACUCAGUCCCAGAGUAUACUGGCUGACUUAUAAGAGGAAUUCUUCUUCUACAUAGAUCCCAACAACAGAAGCUUAAUGCAUAAGAUGGAGAUUGUUGUUCACAGUGCAAAACAACAAGACAGGCAAAAAUGACCACUGAAAAAAUAUCAAAUCUGUCAUUGCUGUGUGCAUACUGUAUCCACCCUUUUCGUGAUGAUGUACUGUAAAUCUGUUUUGCCUUUCUGUGUUCUAUUCCCUCCAUUAUUUUCCUCUUAGUUAAUCCAUUCUUAAGUCAGGCUGCCCCUCAAUUGAGUUUCUGUUGCCCUUGUUUUUUUAUUCGGUUGUUGGGACCAACCAAUGCUCUUCAGAGAGUGGAACAGCUCUUCACCGUCCCGAGAGGUUGAAACUAUCCUCAGUGCCCAAAUGGAACCCCAUUUCCUAUGUAGUGAAAAGUAGUGCACUAAAAGUAAAAAGUAGUGCACUAAAUAGGGAAUAGGGUCCGCUAUUUGGGAAGAAACCAAAAUCACACCCAUUUACCGUAAGACAUCUGUAUGGUAUUCAUUCCUAUUUGAAUACUAGGUUAUCAAUUCCAAAUAGUGUAUCAAAUGGGAGAAACCACUCUGAAAAACAUGUGAAAGGUACAGAUUUGAAUAACAUGAGUUUUACUGUAAUGGCAAAACCCCUGACGAUGAUGAAAAGGUCUUUGUGUCGGGCUACAGUAUUGUAUGUGUGUAUGUGUUUGUGUGUGCGUGCGUGCACGAGUUGUGGUUUGGCCACCCAGGGGGAGAAGGAGAACGCUGGAGGAGUUGUAAGACAUCAUUUCCUGGCACUGUGCCAUGUGUAACACUGCAUCUUAUCACCCACUUCCAAUCAUUGACACCUGUCAAAGAGCUGCGUAGCUCUUACACACAAGCCUCCCAGCAGAGGCACAGCACUUCACAACUACACAGGACAUCAAUGUGGAUAGAAUGUGUUAUGGUAUGGAAGCCCUUCUGGUACAUUAAGCAUGCAUGUUUAACAUCCUGUUGUACUGUACAAGUAAGGAGAGCCCAUAAGACUCUGAACAAAAGUAGUACACUAUGUAGGGAAUAUGGUGCCAUUUGGGAUGCAUUUUAAAUGUCAAAGAAAAGCAGGGGAUAAUGAAUUACUGGUCUGAACAAUAGGCACUGUUUUGAACAUGUUUAGAAAAGACAUCCAGCUAAAACAAAAAUGAAAGAAUGCAACAGUAAUUCAUAGGAUGGAUAGUUUUUUUUCUUCAUGUAAUUCAUAGGGCGGAUGUAUACUUUAAAGUCAUUCUUAUUAUUCAUAUUUCUGUUGUAUGUGUUCAGUGUGAUUUCUCAUCUACAGGUUUUGGAUCAUGUCCCUUUGUAGUUACUCACUGCUUUCAUUGGUAAUGUAUUAUGAUCAUAGUAACAAGGAUUUGAAAUUAUCUGAAUACUUUUUGAAAAUGUAGCUCAUUUUACGAAAGACGCUCAACUUGUUGAUUGUACACCUGUUGCAGUCUCCUCUGAACUACCAACACUGUUGGCACAUAGUUUGUUAUAUGCAAUUUCAUAUACAACAAGAUGUGUCCCAAAUGAUACCCUAUUCCCAAUAGUGCGCUACUUUUGAAUAGUGCACUUUAAAGGUAAUAGGGUUCCAUUUGGGACACAAAACAUACAGUGUUGAGCUGAAGAGUGUUUAUGCUACAUGACCGGAUUCAUGUACCGUUUUUUUGUCGCUCUCAUCAUGAAGGAUUACAUAAGAGCUGAAGUUACAUUGUACGCGAAACCUACUUUGCUAUUCAGAUUCGCUAUACUCUACUGAUAAAUCAAAUGUUAAUCGUUAUUACAACCCAGCUGGCUAUAGAACAGAUUAGUGAGUGAGCUUUACAUUUUGAAUAUGAUUGUUUUUGAAUUGUUAGUUGUUGAAUUCUCCUUCCCUGUACUAAUGUGAGCAAGAGUGGUACAAAACAUGGAAAAAGGGUGUGCUGUUGUAAUGCUAAACAGUGGCUGAUGUUGCAUUAAGAGCAUUUGUCUGUCAAAUACAAUACAUCACAACAACCAAACAGAAUUGUAACUAUUUUAUUUAAUGCAGCAAUGCUGAGUCAUGUCCAACUUAUUAAAUGUUGAAGUUAAGUUUCUAAAUGUUAAGUGGGGCCACUGGGCUUUGAACCAUGGAUAUAUAUACACACACACACACACACACACACACACUCUGUAUACUUAUGCUUUGUGUUAGAGUAUUGCUGUGUCACUGGCUGAAGAGUUUACUGUUGGACCCCUGAUUUACUGCUACACACACACACACACACACACACACACACACACACACACACACACACACACACACACACACACACACACACACACACACACACACACACACUCUGUAUACUUAUGCUUUGUGUUAGAGUAUUGCUGUGUCACUGGCUGAAGAGUUUACUGUUGGACUCCUGAUUUACUGUCCCCUGAGCUGGGAUGUGUCCCAAAUGGUACUUUAUUCCCUAUAGUGUGUACUACUUUUGACUAGAGCCCUAUGGGCCCUGGUGAAAAGUAGUGCAGUAUAUAGUGAAAAGGGUGCCAAUUAGGACACAACCCUGGUAACUAUAUCUCCACCCUGAUUUAUAUCACGGAUGGAUGUUACCUAGCUCUGGUCCAGGGCGUUAGCUGGCUCAGCGUUAUCAUGCCACACUAACCAGAGCUAGAGGUUACAAUGCUCCUUUUUACAUCACGCAUGGCCUUGGGCUUCAUGUCACUAUUCUUGUGCCUUGUUUAACUACUGUAAAUGGUGAAUGUUGUAAAGUACAGAUGGGGCUGAAAAAAAGCAACAAAACAAAACCAUACCAAUAUACAUUUAAAAAAGUAUUAGUUCAAAAAGUAUUUAAGAUUAUAUAAUUGAAUAGGCUGCAGAGCUUUUCUAGUGCUAAACAUAUAUGUUUGGUAUUACCAGGGCAGCUAUGUGGUAUGUUAUAUCUAUAUAAUUAUGGACAUUUUGGAUGUUUUAUGUACAGUAGAAUUUGCAAAUGUAUAUGUAGCCUUUUGGAAAUAAAUGUACAGUUGAAAAGUCUCAAA